AACAGGAGCUGAAACGCAUACGGGGUCGGAGCAGCAGGAGGCCGUGGCUGGACAAUGACUGACGUGGAAAGUGUCAGGAGUGGGUAACAAACUUCGGGAGAGAAAAGUCUCCAGAGCAAAGCCCCUCGCCUCGCUGUAAGCUGCUGUGGGUUUCACUGGACACAGCACAAUGAGUCUGGAUAAAGCCGAGCUGUGUGAUUCACUGCUAACCUGGUUGCAGACAUUUCAGGUGCCCUCAUGCAACAGCAAGUACGACCUAACAAGCGGAGUGGCCAUUGCACAUGUGCUGCACAGAAUAGACCCCUCUUGGUUUAAUGAGACAUGGCUAGGCCGGAUCAAGGAGGAGAGUGGAGCCAACUGGCGCCUCAAGGUCAGCAACUUAAAAAAGAUUCUUAAGAGCAUGCUGGAAUAUUAUCAUGACGUGCUCGGUCACCAGGUAUCAGAUGAGCACUUGCCAGACGUGAACCUUAUAGGCGAGAUGGGAGAUGUCACUGAACUGGGGAAGCUGGUGCAGCUUGUAUUGGGCUGUGCUGUCAGUUGUGAGAAGAAACAAGAGCAAAUCCAGCAGAUAAUGACACUUGAGGAAUCUGUCCAGCACGUUGUGAUGACAGCCAUUCAGGAGCUUUUAUCAAAGGAGCCUUCAUCUGAACCAGGAAGCCCCGAGACCUACGGGGACUUUGACUACCAGUCCAGGAAGUAUUAUUUUCUAAGUGAGGAGGCAGAUGAGAAGGAGGACCUGAGCCAACGCUGUCGAGACCUAGAACAUCAGCUCUCCGUGGCUCUGGAGGAGAAGUCGUCCCUACAGGCUGAGACUCGCACCCUGAAAGAGAAGCUGAGUCGCUGUGACUCCUUGGAUGCAUCCACCACUGCCAUCACUGGCAAGAAGCUGCUUCUGUUGCAGAGUCAGAUAGAGCAGCUUCAGGAGGAGAACUACAGACUGGAGAACAGCAGAGAUGACAUGCGUGUGCGGGGAGAGAUACUUGAGCGUGAAGUGACCGAGCUGCAGCAACGAAACGAAGAGCUGACCAGCCUGGCGCAGGAGGCCCAGGCACUCAAAGACGAGAUGGACAUUCUCAGGCACUCGUCUGACCGGGUGAACCAGCUUGAAGCACUGGUGGAGACUUACAAGAGGAAGCUGGAGGAUCUGGGAGACCUGCGCAGACAGGUGCGCCUCCUGGAGGAGCGCAACACCGUGUACAUGCAGCGCACCUGCGAGCUGGAGGAGGAGCUCCGCAGGGCCAACGCGGUCCGCAAUCAGCUGGACACCUACAAGAGACAGGCUCACGAGCUGCACACCAAGCACUCGGCAGAGGCCAUGAAAGCUGAGAAAUGGCAGUUUGAGUACAAGAACCUUCACGACAAGUAUGACGCACUACAGAAGGAGAAAGAACGUCUGAUCUCGGAAAGAGACACACUUCGGGAAACGAACGAUGAGCUCAGGUGUGCACAAGUCCAACAGAGGUGCCUCACUGGAGCUGGAGGCUUGUGCGACAGUGGUGUCACAGUGGGAAACCUUGCUGCAGAGAUCAUGCCUACUGAGCUCAAGGAGACUGUGGUUCGUCUGCAGAGUGAAAACAAGAUGUUGUGUGUCCAGGAGGAGACCUACAGGCAGAAACUAGUGGAGGUGCAGGCUGAGCUGGAGGACGCUCAGCGCAGCAAGAACGUCUUGGAAACUCAGGACAGACUGAACCAGCAGCAGAUCUCAGAGCUGCGUUCUCACAUAGAGGAGCUCCAGAAAGCGCUUCAGGAGCAGGACAGCAAGACUGAGGAUGCCAUUUCCUCCUUACUGAAGAAGAAGCUUGAGGAGCAUUUGGAGAAGCUCCAUGAAGCCCACUCAGAUCUCCAAAAGAAAAGGGAGGUCAUUGAUGACCUGGAGCCCAAAGUGGACGGCAACAUGGCAAAGAAGAUUGACGAACUCCAGGAGAUCCUGCGGAAGAAGGAUGAGGACAUGAAGCAGAUGGAGGAGCGAUACAAGCGCUAUGUGGAGAAGGCGAGAACGGUGAUCAAAACCCUGGACCCCAAGCAGCCGGUGACCACGACUCCUGCCAUUCAGGCACUGAAGAACCAGCUGACAGAGAAGGAGAGAAAAAUCCAGCACUUGGAGCAUGACUAUGAGAAGAGCAGAGCCAGGCAUGACCAGGAGGAGAAACUCAUCAUUACUGCAUGGUACAACAUGGGGAUGGCACUGCAUCAGAAGGUUUCUGGCGAGCGGCUGGGUCCCUCUAACCAGGCCAUGUCCUUCCUUGCCCAGCAGAGGCAGUCCACCAACGCCAGGAGAGGCCUGAUUCGACACCAUCCGAGAUAAACGGUCCAGGCAGGAGAGCAAACGUUCUGAUGGGAGGUAUAGAGAAGAUGAGCUGAUCUGAAGUCGGCUUCAUCUGAACGCCCUGUACCUUUUUGCCUUUAUGCCUUCACUGGAUCGCUGCACCUCAGAGAGUAUUCCUCAUGCUGCUACUGCCCCCUGCUGGCUCUUAAUGGUACAAGAUGUUUCUUUUCUCUGUGCGGCCCCAGAGGAGAGAGAUACUGGUUGACUCUGUUGUUGAUUCAGAGUUAACCCAUAGAAACAGAAAUGAUGGAGCAGAAGGAGUUGUAGGCCCUGAAAAGAGGCUGUCUCACCUUUUAAGGUGACUUUUAUUUUUCUGUAGCCUCUUGGACUCUGUCCUGUUUGUUUAAGGUCUGUUUUAAACCUUUUUUUAAUCUUUUAUCUUCUAUAAUAGGACAAAUUGAGAAGUAGUUAAUUUAAGGUAACAGUGAGAGGAGUUAGUAGGGGUAUUACUGUUAUAUUACUACUAUUGGAAGUGCUAAAGAAGCCCUAAAGCUGCACAGACUGUAGACUGAAAACGGAUGAUCGCAUUCAGCCGUUAGAACAUCUCCUUGGUUUUGUUCCUUCGUUUUGAAUUUUCUAAUAGCUUUUAUUUUUGUCUUCUUGGUUGUAUUUUGAGGUGAGUUUGAGUUUUUUGUGUCAAUAUGAAGGACCUCCAAAAAAUGUCGAUCAUGAGGGUGUGUUAAUGGCCUUAGUUUUUCCCCCCUCUUUCGUAGUCACUUGAAUCGUUUUCUCUAAACUUAAUUUUCAUUAUAAGAAUUUGUUUCACAAAAUUCACCAAAGCACUUUCCUAGAACUGUGGGAUUGUUCAGUGCCUCAGAAUACUACAAAUACUCCUCCUACGGACGAGACUGAAGUCUGAGAUAUUUGCAGUGUGAACCCCUUCUCACUGUCACAACCAACGCAAAUUUAUUUUCAUUUACUUAAAGAAAAUGUCACACUGCAAGCUCAUGUUCAUAUGGCUCAUGAUGAUGUGACUUCUGCGUAUGAUUUUUCUUGACUUAUUUGUUGCCUAUGAAUUUAUCACUUCAAGAUUUUUUUCUUCUUCUUCCCAAAGAUUGACACAGGGUUUCGGUUGUGGGUCGGACCUAAUUGCACUCACCACUUUAGACUCCAAACUGAUGUGAAUAUGGGCAAAUAUAGGCCUAGUUUAUUACAAAGACUGGAAAACCAGUGCACAAUGUGAUUGAGUCCAUCAUGAUGAAAACACUAAAAAGAAUGACUCAGCUAAUAGCUGUUUACCGCUGCUAGAGCUCAUUUACAGUUAAACUGAACUGGAAGGACACGUACUCAUCGAUACGCUGGAAUUCUGUCUGUUGGCAGGAAGCUGGAGGCGGGUAGAAAGGUUGAGCCUGUAAUAGACGGCACAUUUGUCAACACUACGCCUGCGGUCAUUCAUUACUGGUUAAUUUUCCUUUUCAGCAGACACAGUCAUUUUAGUCUGUCCCAUGUUAGAGCUGCUGUUUUGUGACUUGUACUGUGUCCCUGUGAAUGUUUGUGCUAUGGUCUACGCAGACCAGAAUCCUGCCGUUUUGGGCGCACACGUUUCUACUGAUGUUUCAUUGUUUGAGUUGAUAUUUAUGGUGUUAAGUCAGUAUCUUUGCUGCACACUUGCAUGGCUUGAAGGGGUUAACUUUUUAAGUUGUCAGUGUUUGUAUCAUAUUGCUGGUCUAGUAGAUUAUAGCAUGGUGUACUUUACACAGGGAUCUGAGGCAAGUUAAAGAUUUGUAGUCCCGUCUGUUCUACUUUUGCACUACAAAUAAAUGGGAUCUAAAGACAA